AUGAUGUUCAGUCUCUAUAUCUCGAGGUCUCCGUUACCGACCAGUCGUUGGAGAUCUCUGGACGACACUCUACCUGGAGCGGAUCGAGCGAUGUCGACCAAGAGAGACAUGAUUUCCGAUGUCGCCCGCGACCAGCCAGACGCCAUUGCUGUGCAGUCUUGGGACGGAAACCUUACAUACAAGGAGCUUGAUGACUUGGCAACGCGCCUUGCACGCCACCUCCGAUCCCGGGGAGUCGAGAUCGGUACCAGGAUACCACUUUGCUUCGAGAAGUCCCGAUGGGCCAUCGUUGGGCUGCUAGGGGUGAUGAAAGCUGGCGGUACCUUUUCCCUCACUGACCCAAGCCAGCCUGAGGCUCGGUUAAGGACCAUUGUCGAGCAGACUGGCGCCGAGCUGGUCAUCACCUCGGUGGCUCAGAGCCAACUUGGUCAGAGGAUCGUCGGUGGUGGCCAGGUUAUCGCUGUCUCUGCCGACUUCUUUGAUGCCAUCCCCGAGGCUUCUGACGAGCCCCUGCCUCAAGUGCCUGCCUCGUCGCCCAUGUAUGUCAUCUUCACUUCGGGCAGCACGGGAAAGCCAAAGGGAGUUGUCAUCUCCCACGAGAACUACACCAGCGGUGCCAUCGAACGAGCUCGGCAGGUGGGCUACAACUCUACCUCUCGAUGUUUCGAUUUUCCGUCGUACGCUUUCGACGUCAGCAUUGACUGUAUGCUCUGCACUCUAUUCAGCGGUGGACGUGUCUGUGUUCCAUCUGAUGAGGCCAGGAUGAACGACCUCAGCGGUGCUAUCCGAGAGAGCAAGGCCAACAUGGUCCAUAUGACGCCGUCAGUGGCUCGCGUCCUAGACCCCGACAUUAUCCCUGCGCUUGAUGUCCUGGGGCUUGGCGGAGAAGCUGUCGGAGCCAGUGAUGCGGCUGAAUGGAGCAAGCAUGUCCAGCUCGUCAUCGCCUAUGGUCCAUCUGAAUGUACUGUCGGUUGCACGAUCAACAAUACUCUUCAUAUCUCGACCGGCAUUGGAAAGGCUGUUGGUGGAGUGUCGUGGAUCGUUGAUCCCGAUGACCACAACCGGCUUACUCCAGUUGGAAGUGUGGGCGAGUUGAUUAUGGAGGGCCCUGUCGUUGGUAUUGGAUAUCUCGGUGAGCCCGAGAAGACCGCAGAGGUGUUCAUUGAGGAUCCUACAUGGCUUUUGGCAGGUCACGGCGAUGUACCUGGCCGCCAUGGACGAUUGUACAAGACUGGUGACUUGGUCCGAUAUGACCCCAAGAACCCUGGGGCCAUCGAGUUCGUCGGCCGAAAGGACCAGCAGGUUAAACUCCGUGGUCAGCGUGUCGAGCUCGCCGAAGUUGAGCAUCACAUCCGGGAGUGUCUGCCUCCCCGAGUGAAGAUCGCUGCUGAGGUUAUCAAGCCCGAGAACGGCGCACCAACAUUGGUUGCCUUUCUUGUUGAACCCAUCCAGGCCCAGUCUGAUGCUUCAGGUAGUCUUUUCACAGAACCUUCACAGGAGCUCAGCGCCUCUCUCUCCCACAUCGACUCAGCUUUGGGUGCCAAGGUUCCUCGUUACAUGGUUCCGGCUGCCUUUAUCACUCUGCAGUAUAUGCCAUCGCUGGUGUCUGGCAAGACAGACCGCAAGAAGCUCAGGGAGAUUGGAAAUUCAAUUCCCCGAGAGAAGUUUGGCAGCCUGCAGUCUGGUGACGGACAGGAGGAUGAGCCUGAGACAGAGGCAGAGAAGAAGUUGCAAAGGGCCUGGAACAAGGUGCUUGGCGCCGAAGUCAAAGUCUACAAGCAGAGCAACUUCUUUGGCGUAGGCGGAGACUCACUUCGUGCCAUGAGGCUUGUUGCUGCGGCCCGUGAAGAGGGACUCGGUCUGACAGUUGCUGAGAUCUUCUCCAACACGACCUUUAGUGACAUGGCUGAGAAGGCUGUCGAGAUUGCCGAGACCUCUGAGGAGGAGAGGGAAAUUGCCCCGUUCUCGCUUCUUGACCAAGAUUGGGACAUCAAUGAGGCACGAGCCGAGGCAGCUACUCUCUGCGGUAUCAAGGAAGACCUUGUAGAGGACGUUUACCCCUGCACUCCCCUUCAGGAGGCGCUUAUGGCUCUCUCGGCCAAGGUCAAGGAGGCCUACGUCGCUCAGAGAGUGGUUGAGCUACCUGACAUGGAGACUGCCGAGCGACUUGUCCACGCAUUUGACGUUGCUCAGCAGGACUGCUCUAUUCUACGGACUAGAAUUGCCCAGGCUUCUGGUCGUGGCCUCGUUCAGGUUGUGGUGAAGGGCCAUCUUGAGUGGUAUUCCGGAACCGACCUGAAGGAGUAUCUCGUCCGUGACCGAGACGAAGCGAUGGACCUGGGCAAGCCUCUUGUUCGAUACGCUGUUAUUACCAAUACCGAGGCUGGCACCGUCAACUUUGUCUUGAGCAUGCACCACGCUCUCUAUGAUGGUUGGGCCAUGCCCCUGAUCGUUGAACGUAUCAACAAGGCCUACACUGGUGGCUCAAUCAGCCGGCCUGCUGAGUUUAAGCACUUUAUCAAGUAUCUCAACGGCAUGGAUCGAUCAAGCUCUGAGGUGUUCUGGAGGGAACGAUUGGAUGGAGCCAAUGGCCCUCAGUUCCCUGCCCUUCCUUGGCCUGGUUAUCAGACCGCUGCCGACUCUCUCCUUGAGGUCUAUGUGCCUCUUGAACACCCACCAACCAACUCCACUACAGCCACCGUCAUCAGGGCUGCCUGGGCUCUCGUCGUUUCCCAAUACAUCAACAGCGGCGAUGUGGUAUUUGGCGAGACGCUUACAGGCCGAAAUGCCCCUAUUGUGGGAGCCGAGGAGAUUGAGGGACCCAUGAUCACUACUGUUCCCAUCCGGGUACAGGUCGACUACGAGUCUCCUGUAUCUGAGUACCUGCAGGAUGUCCAGGAGGGAACAGUUUGUCAGAUCCCCCACGAGCACUAUGGUCUUCAGCAUAUCCGCCGUCUCAGCCCUGAUGCUCUAGAGGCGUGUGAACUCCGUACUGGCCUUGUUCUUCACCCGAGCACGACAGGCGAUGAUGUUUCUGGCGAGGAUCUGCCUGCGGAUCGUCUGGUCCCUGCUGGUGACGAGGAAGCUGCUCAGGAAGCGCUCAAGUUCAACACAUAUGCUCUCAUGCUGGUCAAGCAAACUGCACAGAUGCUUGCUGAGAAGAGUCAGACUCGUCUAGGGGAACUGGCCUAUCUCACUGAGGACAACUGGAGCGACAUUCGUGAGAUGGCGAGUGCCUCUGUUAGUGAUGAGGCCUUGAAGGAGUACCCUGACCUCGUGUCUGCUUACAUCGUCGACACACAUGAUGCCAGGCGUGUUCUUCCUAAGGGUGCUAUGGGCGAGCUUGUCAUCCGAAGUACUGCUGAACUCGAGUAUCCUGCGAUUGAGUGGCCUGCCUGGCUAAACACCUUGUAUGGCGAUGAGACCGCCAACCUCGAAGGCACUCUUUACAAGACUGGAAAGCUUGCUAAGUUCAACGCCACUGGCUAUAUCGAGUUUAUCGAUCAAACGGCCAAGACCAAUGCUGCCUCCCUCACUCAAAGACGACCAGCGAAACGAGUGUCGGCCACGUCACGCAAGCAGCGCAAGCUUCGUGGACUCUGGAGCCGUGUUCUCGGACUCUCAGAGGAGGAUAUUGGUCUCAACGACAACUUCUUCCUUCGUGGAGGCGAUUCCAUCGCUGCUAUGAAACUUGUAUCAGAGGCUCGCCUUGCGGGUGUCAAGUUGACCGUUGUCCAGAUCUUCCAGAAGAGAACCCUGUACGAUAUGGCCAACGCGAUGGAGGAGGCCGAGGUUGUCGAUCAUGAAGUCGUUGAGAUUCCUGCCUUUUCACUGCUCGAGACUGAGAACAAGGAUGAAUUUAUUGACAAGAUUGUUCGCCCUCAACUGGCAAACCCUAAGUGGAAGAUCUCCAACGUCCUCCCCGCGAGACCCCUUCAAGAAGUUGCUGUCAAGGGAACUAUUCAGAUCCCUCGAUUCUCAACACGUUACGAGCUCAUGUACUUUGGCUCGGCAGUCGAUCGAGCCAGGCUCAUGGCCAGCUGUCGAGAGCUCGUCUCGCGCAAUGAGAUGCUGCGGACUGUGUUUGUUGAGCACGAGGACCAAGGCUACGGUGUCGUCAUUGAAGACCUCGAGGCAGAGUUUGUCCACUAUGAGAUUGACAGCGAGGUCGAGGCCUUUGCCAAGCAGCUCUGUCAGCUUGAUGUGUUGACCAAGAUGCCUCUCGGCUCUGUCUUUGUCAAGUGGUUCCUCGUCGAGGGUGAAGAUGAUAAGGCCUGUCUCGUCUUCCGUAUCUCGCAUUCUCAGUACGAUGAGAUCUGUUUGCCCUUGAUCCUCAAGCAGCUCUCAGCGCUAUACGAGGACAAGCCUGUCCAGGAGACUGUUCCCUUCUCGUCCUACGUCGGCCACGUUGUUCGUGAGAACAUCCCCAAGGCGGUUGACUACUGGAAAGAGCUUCUCGAGGGUUCUUCCAUUUCGAUACUCCGACCAGACGUGCCAGUUGAGAAGAAGAACCACUUUGCCAUCCAGAAGACGGUAGACAUCUCGUCAAGAUCCAAGGACGUGACCGUAGCCACACUACCUACGGCUGCUUGGGCACUGUGCCUUGCUCGCCGUCUCUCAACACGAGAUGUCACGUUUGGCGAGGUCGUCAGCGGUCGAAACAUUGACUUCCCUAAUGCUGAUCUUGUCAUGGGGCCCUGCUGGCAGUAUGCCCCCGUGCGCGUCAAGUUUGCCCCCAGCUGGACCGUGUCAGACCUUCUUGGCCACAUUCAAGAUCAGCAUAUCGCCUCCUCGGCACAUGAGGGCAUCGGCCUCAAGGAGCUUGUCCGUCUCUGCACAGACUGGCCCAAGACGACGGACUGGUUUGACACGGUGGUGCAUCAAGAUGUCGACCACGUUGAAACCCUGGACUUCCAGUCCGCAAGCAGCAGAAUGGAGACGGUCUACGUCCAUGAAGAACCCCUGCGCGAGUGGAAGAUUCAAGCCUUCCCCUCUGGCAAUACACUCACACUCGAGAUCGUCACGGUGCAGUCAUGGAGCGGCUACGCAGAGGAGCUGCUCGAGGACCUGGCAGGCGUCCUAUCAUUCCUAGCCAAAGACCCUGAGGCGAGGUUGUUUGAGGAUGAGCCAGCACAAGAGAUUGUUGAGUAA